UUUGGUUAGAUGGGCUUGUGUAUUUCAAAACAGGAAGGGGAACAAUAUAAUACUUUAUAGAAGGAAGUAUUAUUAUAAGAUUAGGAUAAUUUUGAACAAAAUGUUGAGUAAAUCAGAAUUAGUGAUGAGGAGAAAAUAUCUAUACAAGAUUUUUAGUUUUUAUAAGUAUAUUCUAUGUAAAACGAGGUUCUUGGAAGAGGAGGCUAUGGAAAGGUUGUUUUGGUGAAUUAUAAAUGCUAACAAAAAUUAUAUGCUAUGAAAAUAAUCAGAAAAGACCUUAUUUCCUAAAUGAACUCCAGACUCUACAUGGAGACUGAGAGAAACAUUUUGAUUAUGGUCAAAUGUCCAUUUAUUGUAAAUCUGCAUUAUGCUUUUCAAACUAAGUAUAAAUUAUACAUAGUAAUUGAUUUUAUGAUAGGAGGUAUUAUUUAUAAUUUAUACAUAAAAGGAGAACUGUUUUAUCAUUUGAAGCGUCUAGGAAAAAUGGAAGAAUCUUGGGCCAAAUUCUAUUGCGCUGAAUUGAUAUUGGCAAUCGAAUAUUUACAUAGCAAAAAUAUCAUCUAUAGAGACCUUAAACCAGAAAAUGUACUGUUGGAUUCUGAAGGUCACAUAAAAAUUACAGAUUUCGGAUUGUGUAAAACUGAUAUCAAGGAUGGAGAUUUCACUACAACCAUUUGUGGCACGUAUGAUUAUAUGGCUCCUGAGAUCUAUCUGAAAAAGGUAUUCACUAAAAUAAUCCAUUCAGGGACAUAAUCAAACUGCUGAUUGGUAUUCCUUAGGAAUUCUCCUGUACGUAAUGUUACAAGGAAUUCCUCCUUUUUAUUCAUAAAACAAACGCUAGAUGAUUCGAAGUAGAUUAGAGAGACAAAUCGAAUUCAAGACUCCCAUCUCAGAUGUUGCUUCUGAUUUAAUCAAAUAGUUGCUUAAGAACAAUGUAUGAGAGAUCAUUUUAAUCUAUUAAUUAGCCUAAGGAUCGUUUAGGAUCUGAUGGAGUUAAUGAAAUCAAGUCUCAUCCCUUUUUCCAAGAUUUGGAUUGGGAUGACGUAUUGCACAAGAGAUUGCCUGCUCCUUUCAAACCUAAACUGCUUAGUGAUCGAGACUUAAGAAAUUUUGAUAAUGUAUUCCUUCAUCAAUUUCUUAGGCGUUCACCAAGGAAACCAUUCAAGACACACCGGUCUAGUCUAUGGCUCAAGAGGACAUGUAUGAAUAGUUCACGUACCAAGAAUCUGAUAUGUUUGUAACUAUGAAUUAGAAUUUCUCCCUUGAUAAAUGA